AUUUAAUUAUUUAGUAAAAAAUUAGUAAAAAUAAUUAUUUUUAAUAAAAUAAAAAUGUUCACCAAAUUAAUUGUAUCACUAAUGCUAUUAGCUAGCUUAUGUAUGCUAAAUGUAUACGCUAGUAGUGCAGCGGCAUUUUCAAAUGUCUAUUUAAAUAGCAAUUAUGUGGCUAACAAUCAGGGCUCUGAAGCACCGCCGACUGAAGGACCUACUGGUGCCCCGACUGAAGGACCUACUGGUGCCCCAACUGAAGGUCCGACUGCUGGUCCAACUGAAGGACCUACUGGUGCCCCAACUGAAGGACCUACUGGUGCCCCAACUGAAGAACCUACUGGUGCCCCAACUGAAGGACCUACUGGUGCCCCAACUGAAGAACCUACUGGCGCCCCAACUGAAGGACCUACUGGUGCCCCAACUGGUGGUCCGACUGAAGGCCCAACUGAAGCCCCAACUGAAGGCCCGACUGAAGGCCCGACUAAAGCCCCGACUGCUGGUCCUACUGCUGCCCCUACUGGAGCUCCGACUGUAGCCCCGACUCAAGGACCAGCACCAACACUUGGACAACACAUAUUGGACGCCUUGAAUCAGGCGCGCAAUUCAAACUACCAGCUCAUCCGAUCCAACGGUUUGUUGCCGUUCCAGACUAUCGGACAAAUCAAUCGAAUCAUACAGACAUUCCGUCGGGUGACCGCCAAUUUCAAUGGCCAACCCUGUCUGACCCGUACACCGGCCAAUGCUGGCCGCAAUACUCAGGACAACUGUUACGCUGUUAUUGCCGACGCCAUACUUCGGGCCAACAUUGUACCCGGCUAUUUGAUUACUGUCGGUGAACGGGCCUAUAUGGCCACCGAUUACUGGCUAAAUCAGGAACAGUCGAUCGAGUUUUUUAUGGGACCACUGUUUUUCGGUGUCUAUAAAGAGCGCCGGGGUAUUUUUGGUUAAAAAAAUCAAAUGUUGAUUUUCAUCAUGAAUUUGUUUUUAAUUUAUUUAUUAAAAUUAUUAUUAAUUUUAUAAAAUAAAAUUUUGCGA